AUGGACUUGAGUGUAUUGCAAUACAUGACAACAAACGAAGGGUUGAAACGCCAAUUGAAUGAGAUUAUUCCUCGAUACGAAGCGAUAGUCAGUGAUAUCAACACUGAUUACAUAGCUGGGUGUAAAGCCGUUUCGAUGUUUGAUGUUGACAAAGAGCCCCUCGACAAGUUGAAAACACGACUUGGUGAAAUCUCUGCGUUAAAACAGCAGAAAUUGAGUUCGAUCACCGCGAUCAGUCAUUUAUUGGAUCGAUUUGGUGCUUUUGAGAAGAUGAAAAACAAUGAAAUUGAGCAGAAGCGGAUAUUAGAUGGAAUAGAAGCAAGAAUCCGACAGAAAUUGGAUGGGGUUGGGCAGCGUUAUCCGCCACCGAUGUAUGCGUAUCAACAAGACAACAAUUACAGUCCAAAUCAAUAUGGUGAUGCGUAUCAACGACAACCAGAUCGCUUCUAUGACAAGAAGCCCCGUAUCGAAGGGGACAAUGACUAUGACGGCCACCGUUCACCCAAACCCUUUUCGGAGCGACCCAUAACAGAGGAAUUGAUUAUCAAUUCGAUGCCAAAGAUAUUGACUCGUGUGAAUCGAGGGAAAGCAGUGUGCAUCUAUGACACAAGUGUAGAUGGGUGGGAUAGAAAUUACAUGUGCGACGUUGUGACCCGAUUCAAAGAUGUGAUGAUCAUAGUGUUUCCUGAAGAAGACCGCCCAUUUGGGUGUUAUUUGGAAGGGAGAGUAUCCCCACAUGGGUGGUAUGGAAAUGAAAAAUGUUUUUUGUGCGCAAUGCAUGGAAACGACUUUUUUUGGGUCCAUGGAGUGAAUCGUCGUAUCACUCGUUGCCUUGAAUUUUUUAGGUUUGGAGAGAAGGACGAGGACGACAUUUUCUUUUUCACACAUUUCAUUUCAAUUGCUGGCAAAAAGACACAAAAAAAGAGUUACAUCGACUCGAAGAUUUUAGACGUCGUGCAACAAAAGACGGGAACUUUUAUUGGAGAGGGUGCGUCACGUAGUUUUGACACUCGAAAAGUCAUUGCUCUCCAUUUCGAGUAG